GGAGAGGAGUAAACCAAACUUCUCUCUCCCCCCAAAGUUUUCAUUUUUUUUUCCCUUUUCUCUCCUCCUCCACCCUUGGAUCAAAAUCAAUUAUCUGAUUUCAUUUUUACCUAAAUUUAGUAGACUGGAAGAAGAAGAAGAAGAAGAAAAAGAAAAUGAGAAUUUUGCUGAUUCUUAUUUGAUAUUAUUAUCAUGGAUUAUGAUGCUAGAAUUCAGAUGUCUAGAGGAAUUGUGGUUACUGAAGGAGGAUCUUCCCUUUCUCCUCCUCUAGAUGAAGAGACAUUGUGGCAAUUGAACUUGAGAGCUAAUGAAGCUAUGGAUCCUGGACCCUAUCCUGAGCGUCCAGGAGAGCAAGAUUGCACAUAUUACAUUAGGACUGGGCUAUGUAGAUUUGGAAUGACGUGCCGGUUUAACCAUCCUCCAAACAGGAAGCUGGCAAUUGCUGCUGCUAGGAUGAAGGGAGGGUACCCUGAAAGAGUGGGCCAACCUGAGUGUCAGUACUAUUUGAAGACCGGAACUUGCAAAUUUGGAGCCACAUGCAAGUUUCACCAUCCCAGGGACAAGGCUGGAAUUGCUGGAAGAGUUCUAUUAAAUAUUUUAGGCUAUCCUCUUCGAACGAAUGAGCAGGAAUGUGCUUAUUAUCUAAGGACUGGACAAUGCAAGUUUGGGAACACCUGUAAAUACAAUCACCCACAGCCAUCUAGUAGUAUGGUUUCUCUCCGUGGGUCACCUGUUUAUCCUGCUGUACAAUCUCCUACAACUCCUGGUCAGCAGUCAUAUCCUGGAGGAAUUACAAACUGGGUGUCAAGGGCCUCUUUUAUUGCUAGCCCACGUUGGCAAGGUCCUUCAAGUUAUGCUCCAUUAAUUCUACCCCAGGGGGUCGUACCCGUUCAAGGAUGGAAUGCAUAUGCUGGUCAGCUGGGGUCAGGUUCAUCUUCAGAAAGCCAGCAGCAAACAUCAGGAAGUAGUCAGUUUUAUGGGACUACCAGACCAAGUGACACAACAAGCGUAGGAGUUCAAGGAUUUUCUUCCUUUCGUUCUGGUUCUGCUCCUUCAGGGAUUUAUGCAUUGCAAAGGGAAAACGUGUUCCCUGAGAGACCUGAUCAGCCUGAAUGCCAGUUUUACAUGAAGACUGGUGAUUGUAAGUUUGGUGCCGUUUGCAGGUUCCAUCAUCCCAGAGAGAGAUUGAUUCCUAUUCCUAACUGUCUGCUGAGUCCCUUGGGACUUCCAUUACGUCCUGGAGAGCCUUUGUGCAUCUUUUACUCUCGUUAUGGUAUCUGCAAAUUUGGUCCAAAUUGCAAAUUUGACCAUCCUAUGGGACCCUUCUCGUUUGGUAUUUCUGCUUCAUCUUCAGUUGACGUUCCAAUUGUUCGCCGUCUUUUAGGAUCUUCAGCAGGGUCUGCUGCUUUACCACUGGCAUCAGAUGGGUCAGUAGAAGCAGGCUCAGGAAGACCACGCCGACUUUCACUGUCAGAGGCACGCCAAAUGCCUUCUUCUGAUGAAAACAUUGAUCCUGAGGUUUCAUAGACAACCUCAAGCAUUGGGAUAGUUUCUUCUUUUCCUGACUCCCCAUGAAGGACAGAGAAGAUCUUAUAAAUUGAGUACCCAUUUGCAAAAAAUGUACAGAAUUUCAUGUUGAGUUGAAUCUGUUCAUCUGAAUAUGGAUAACAUGACAGAAAACUCAACGCCACUUAUUUAUGUUGUUGCUGCAUCAUGUAAAUUUGCACAUAAUGUCGCAUUGUGCAAAACCAAUGUGAACAUCUCAAUUUCUGAAAUCCAUCACUUUUCGUUUGCAAACCACCUUUUCUUUUCUGUUCCACGUACUGUUUGUGUAUCAUUUGUCUGAAUUAACUGUGUAAUGUCUUAUUGUUG